AUGUCAACAAGUAAUUCGCCCCAGAUUGUUGCCCCUGAACCUGCGAAGAGAGAUCUGCCAUGGUCAUCAUUACGAGGGAGUGAGCGUGUGUCAACUCCACCGGCAUACAAAUCUGAUCCGAAAUACAAGAAAUACACGCAACAGGUUGAGAAAUGCCUAAAUUCCUUCGAUAGUGUGCAUGAAUGGGCAGACUUCAUAUCGUUCCUCAAGCAACUGCUCAAGACGUUUCAAGCCUAUGAGCAGUUCAAAGAGAUACCCCGCAAGCUCGUAGUCGCAAAACGUCUUUCACAAUGCCUGAACCCUGCGUUGCCUACCGGCGUCCACCAGCGCGCGCUGGACGUGUACUCGCAUAUUCUCGCCGUCCUAGGAACAGAGGGUCUGCACCGCGAUCUGGCGCUUUGGUCUUCUGGGCUGUUCCCAUUCUUUGAAUAUGCAGCCACCUCGGUGAAACCGACGUUAUUGAACAUCUUCGAUACGUACUACUUGCCUUUACAAAGCGGUCUGCGUCCGAUCAUGAAAUCCUUCAUACUUGCCUUGCUGCCGGGAUUGGAAGAGGAGACUGGAGAAUACUUCGAGAAGGUGUUGAGUCUGCUGGAUCGCAUAUCUGGGACAGUCUCCCAGUCGUACUUCUUUCAAAACAUCUGGCUGAUCAUGCUGACCAUGCCAUCCGCUCGAGGCACCUCGCUGAAUUUCCUUUCCAGAAGGCUUCCGACCUUGAAGGCUGAUGAAGAUAUCAGUUUCAUUGUGGGCCGCGAUAUUGGUCUGAUGAUUCGCGCCUUCUCCACCGCAUUGGAAGACGAUGACCUUCUUGUUCGAAGAGGUGCUCUCGAUCUGUUGCUUCAGUCGCUCCGCAUCGACGGCGUCGCAUUCAGACGUGCCCAGCAUGAAGAUCGUACGAUUCUCAUGCAUGCAGCAAGUAGCGUAGUACUCAGGAGAGAUCUCUCGUUGAACCGGAGGUUGUAUUCCUGGCUACUCGGACCUCAUGAAGAUAGCCAGCGUCAAAUCGAAUACUUCAAAGCGCAUGCUCUCGAUUUACUGCGAUCCACCCUCAGGGAUGAGAUGUUCAGUCCUUUGGCGGAUUACUCGCCAUCUCGGCCAUAUAAAAUCUUUGUUUCCCUCCUGGACAAAUGGGAGAUUGGCUUCCCACUGACAGAGGUUCUUGUCUAUGAUGCCUUCAAGGCAUUGAAAGCCACCAUUGAAGCAGGUUCUGAUUCCGGUGACGACCUGAGCAUUACUGCAAGUACAGUAUAUGAAGCGGUCGAGCCCCAGCUUCUAUGGAAGCAAAUGUUCACCGCCAUCUACAACGAGGUCGCAUUAGAAAAGUCUCGAACCGAGGCUUGCGAUAUGGUGCAAUAUCUCCUAGUGAAUGUCCACACACAGGAUGAGGAAAUUGAAACGAUCCAUUUGCCUAUCAUAUUUGCCGCUAUUGCAGAGAUGCUAAUGGACCAUAUUGAUCGGCUACAGGGGACAUCCAUCCUACGAAUCCUGUCCUUACAGCAAGAGGUCCUUGGGCGCAUCUCUCCAGCGGUGGAUUUCCUAUCUCUCCCGAAGCUAUCGAAUGAUUUACAAUCAGCGAUAAGCGAGGGCCCUUCUUCCUUCGCUUGCGCAUUCUAUGGCAUACAGAGCUAUGCGCGCCCUCGCGCGAGAAGUUCAUCCAAUGUUCCGCUGGCGACAAUUAUCGAAGAUCUUACACUGCUUAGCAUAACCGGCGCGACGUCUCUGCUAUCGACUCCGAGCGAUCUGGGACAGGCCCGAGGGAUUCUCAUCCGGUCCCUAUUACUCUUGGAUCUUUUUACUUUGAGGGUCGAUAGCGCUAGGUCGACGCCCCUUGUCGUCUCAUGGGAUCCCGCUCAAUGGUUGUCGGUCUUCUUACGGUGUUCAGAUACGGAGAGGGUAACGUUCAACAUCGUGGAUCGUAUCAUCAGUACGUCGGUCAGGUUGCAUGGCUCUAAUGCGUUUCAACCGAAGCUCUCGAUCGGGGAGUGGUCGACCAUCUCAACAUUGGUUACCUCUCUUCUGCGAUAUUUACGCUUACCCUGGGCAGCCCAUCAUAGCCGUGCUGUCUCCCUGGUGUGGUCGCUGGAUGCAAUCGGUCACAGACGGCACGUCGAAUCCGCAAUCUCUCGACGAAUGUCCUCCCGAGAUCCUACUGAGGUUGAGAUUUCAUGCGAAAUUUUUGGCACCCUCUGGAGAUUGACAGACGAUGAUAUUGUGCCAGGGUCCAGGUUGAAAGUACCGAUGAUGAUUGUCCUGGACACCUUGAAGAGCGGGGAUCCUACGUUUCGCCGGAUCGGAGAGACGUGGAUGCGCUGUAGCCUGAAGUCGUACUUGCGGGUACUGGAUCCACUCCUAUUUGACUUAUCAGAUCCUUCGAUCCGCCGUACGAAUGCUACGACAGAUCUUAACAGCAAGAUAUUAGAGGGAUUUUACUACGAACGUCCGUUCGACCAGCGUUACAUCAAUCACGCACUGGAGACGUUGCUCUCUGUCAUCAAAUUUGGCGGUCAAGGAUUCACCAGGAUUGCUCGUACUACACCGAUCGUCCGUUCUCUCUAUCCCGACCUGCUUCAGCGAUUACAAUCUGCUGGUGUCAGCUUUGCCGAGGCGACGUAUAUGGAGGUCUUAUUGUAUCUGCUGCUCCGGUUCCUGCAGUCUGAGCCUCGGCCCGCGCUUGCGCUUACGAUGUCCCCGCUCAAUGUCUCCUCACAAGCCAACUCGAUCGAAUUGCUUCAGGCCCUGGUCUCCCGCGGGGAGAUCGAGUUCCCUCUCUUGCAGACUAUUGAGGCUGCCAUUGUCAAGAAGUUGUAUAUAUGCGUGCAUACAGGGCGUUUGGACCUGCAAAACAAGUUGCUGCACCUCUUACAUUCCAUCAUCUCAGCGUCCACCUCUGGCGCAUCCAUGCAUCCGGGAAGGGGAUCCCUCCUACUCCCUGGUGGAGCUGUGGACGGAGUUCCGUCGACGGGCCCACCGGACGCGGACGCAGAAACGUAUGCGGUCAAUCCUUUACUAAUCCAGACAUUGUUGGACGGUAUUUCCCGACCGACCAACCGUCCCAUUUUACAACACUGGCUUGACUUCAUCCUUAUGACAAUACCGCAAUUUCAAGACCUCCUGCACUCGUGUGUCGAUCCUGUCUGCGAUGGAAUAUGCAGACAGCUAUGGUUUGCUCUGAAUGACCUUCGCAAGAUCUCAAUCAAAGGCGAAGCAGAUGAUGACGUCGAGACCACGACAACCGACGCUGACUUCAUAAUGCUUCUCACUGCUCUGGAACGUCUAGUGCUCCUCAGUUUUUCUCAGGUCCCAGAGACUCAUCAAACGGAUGAAGAAUAUUCCGCACCAGGCCAGGAAUCCAGUGGUCUCCUCGGUUAUGUUUCGAACGUUUUCAGCUCGGAAGCUCCAGGAGUGACCGAAGAGCCAUUGGCGUCUUCCGACUAUCAUGCCUUGCAUGAAGCUGUUCGCGUGCUAUAUGCUUUGUGGGACAAUCUGGCAGCAUCGACUUCACGAUUGUUUGAUAUAUCCAUAUAUUCUAAGGCCAGGAAUAGGAGUCGCAAGGUCCUUGAACAUCUUUUCCGCGCACAUUCGACCAUGGUCCUCGAGUCUAUCAUUGACUGUUGGCAAAGGGAACCAGGAACGAUUGGAAUAUUCGAGAUCGUGGACAUCCUCGCAUCCAGCUCGCAGAACGUCGUACACAUGUUGUGCGAAAGCAUAUCCUCACGUAAUCCCAACGUCGCGGAUAAAUCAAGGAAGUCAUCCGUGCUUGCUAAUUUAUCCGAUUUGACAAUUCUCGAUUUCCUGGAACAUUACACCGAACGUCUUGAGGGUCCAUUGGCACUGCAAGUCUGGGCUCGCUUUCUGCAGUUGAUUAAGGAGACCGUGGCCACGUUACGCGAGUUUAAGGUGCAAGCAUAUCCGAUAUGUUUCACAGUCUUGGCCGACAAAGUCUGCCAGACUACGGCAGUAGAGGAUCGUCGCAUACGCAAGGAGCUGCAGGACAACUACAGCAAAUUGUUAGAUCUCUGCGUCCUCGCUGGGCGUCCCUACGAUCAAGGCUCCUGGAUCCGUCGUACGCCGCGCGACACUCUGACUGUGAACGGCGGAACCUCAUCUCUUCCUCGUGUAGCAUCGGACGGCAAGUUGGACGAGAAGAUCAAUGCAAGCUCGACGUCGCUCCCCGAGUCCAUCAGACCAGCGUAUGGAUCGGAACUUAUCGAACAGAUCAACCUAUACAUCGCGUCUAGCGUGCUACCCAAUCUGCGAAGGUUCUUCCCGGAAGCUGACAAGGUCCUUGCGGCAUGCAAUAGCAUCGUCUACAACGUGAUUACGCCGUCGUUGAAGGGAAAGGCAAGGCCACUAGACAUUGACAGCAGUGUGGUGUCAUUGUUUCAAGAGUUGACCAAGAUCGGAUCCGCUCUGAAAGCAUGGCGGGGACCAGUGACUGAGGCGCUCUAUGACAACCGUUGCUUCAACUCGACUCCUGAUGCCGGUGCCAAUUGGAGAGUCAUGAUCAAGUCUUUCUUCGACACGGACAAGACAGCUCUGACGGAGCUGCUAGGCAAGAUCACCACCGCGCCGUCCGCAAACAUAUUCACGAACCGGGAAUAUGAGAUGUUGUUGCGUUCUCUCAACCUCCGCAGGCUCUCCUACGUGCUGCUAUCUGGAGAGAAGAAUCACUUCUUGGUGCACCUGCCAAUCAUACAGGAGAAGCUGGUUGACACAUUGCGCAACGUCAUCGCACCAGUAGUGCAGAGCGAGGUCUACUUAUGCGUGCGGGUGCUGUUGUGCCGUCUUUCACCUCACAAUCUCUCGAGCUUUUGGCCUGUCAUAUUGACGGAAAUGUAUCGGCUGUUCGAGCAAGCCUUGAUAAGCCUGCCAUCUGAUGGCUCAGAAGAGCUGGGGCUGAUACUGGCCGCGUGCAAGCUGUUGGAUUUGCUCUUGGUCCUUCAGACAGAAGAGUUUCAGACACAUCAGUGGAUCUUUAUUACGGAUACCGUUGAUGCGAUCUACCGCCCAGACGACUGGUUCCCAGAGGCCAUGUUGGAUCGGAUGGCGGAAGUCACCAAUAAGCUACCCUUGGACGAGAAUGAUGCGCAAUGCGUCUUGGGAACGGCCCCAACGCCGACCGUGGAUACCAAAUCCAUGCGACGACCCAUGCUGCGGUCACUCAGGCAGAUCGACAGCAUCCGAGACCUGGGACCGUUUUUCUCUAGCGCGAGCAUCGCAUCGUACGAGAGUGUCUACAACAGCGGUGGGAACAUUGACUGGGAGGCGGUGGAGCGAGGACUGUUGGAGGACAUGUUUGACGGGAGAUGA